CAUCGCCAUGCAGGAUGCUUGCAACGAAACAGGAGGCCUUGACCACCGCGUACACCGCUGAUCCCUCGCUCAUCUAAGUGACAAAAUCUCACAAGGACGGGUACUCAAGCGCAUUGAUUAGCUCAGAGCCGCGCCUCACAUCCUAAUCGUCACUUCCGCUGUCACCACAUCGUCGAGGUCAUAAGCUCAGCUGCACCACCCCACCCACGCGAUGCCACCCCCACCGCCACCCCCGGGCGAGUCUGGCAAACAUCACUCGUUACUUCUGCCAGGGCGAUCUGCUUCCGGUGCUGGUAGCACAGAUAAUGCAGCAGACAGUGAACUCAUCUCUCCAUCCUCGCUGCGAAGGCUCGUGCUCAACUAUCUCGUGCAUCAUUGCUACGUCGGGACCGCGAUCGCUUUUGCGCAGGAUGGCGUGUCUAGCGGCAGCGGAAGCUGCGGCUACCCGCCCAUCACUGCUUCUGGAAGCAGUAUGGGCACAGCAAGAGCCCUAGCAUCAUUGUCAGCUCCAGGCUUGAGUAGCAACAAGGCAGGCACAAACGGGUUCGUCGCGAACGGGCGCGGCCAGAACGUCGCCGCCAAUGGAAAUGCCACGUCAAGCCGACGUGGUGCGAACGGCAGUCUACACCCUCUCUCCGCACCACCACUGAUUCGAGAAGACUCAGCGAUGGAAACCAAGGCGGAGACCGCCACGAACAGUCGAGAAGACGAAGAGAUGACGACAAAGGGCAGCGUCACGGGCAACGAGGAUGACGAUGACGCGCACAUGAGCGAUGCGAAUGGGUCAGCUCAGCCAGCAUCACGCAGAGCAACUGGGUCUGAGAAGGGCAAGUUUUCGGAGGCGAAGGAAAACUUUAGAGUCCGAGGGAGUGCUGGUGAGACCGAUCUUCCACCGGAGGAAAUAUUCGCUGUACUGCUACGCAGAGAGGUGCGCGAUCACAUUCUCGCAGGUCGCAUUCGGGCAGCAGUAGAUUGCUGCAACACGCACUUCCCCGGCGUCCUCGCCAGCAGCACCAAGAGCGCUUCUUCACGGCCUGGAAAAGAGGCAGACGGUGCCGAGGCCGAAAACCGAUCUCUGUUGGUCCCGACUGACCGCAGCAAAUACCGAAGCUCGUCCAGCCACGACGCGAGGAAGUCAUCAGCUUCGAAAGAAAAUGGAUCGUCGACACGCCUCUUGCCUGCGAAUCCGACCUCGUUGGAUCCAGCACACCUGUCGCUCAACCUGCAGAUCCAAGAGUUCAUCGAGUCUGUGCGCGCAGCAAAUUCAGCUAACUCGGCGCAGCAACGAGAGCAGCAGCAUCAACAACAGCAAGGAGCAGCAUCCUCCCCACUGGCCGAACAACACCCCACGCAUCCAGGCUUAAUGACAGCAGCCACUGUCUCUCGUGCGGCUUCCCCCGCUCCGUCGUCCGCCUCUUCUGCUGGAUCGGCAGCGUCUGGAGCAGGCUCAGCCGCGUCGAAUGCGGUGUAUCACGCCGCACUGAGCUACAUCCAGUCGCUGCAUGCGACAUGCAUGGAGCUGACCAACCCGUACUCACGCGCGAUGUACAUGAAGGAGAUCGAGAGCGUUAGCGUGCUGCUGGCCUAUCGCGAUCUGGAGAAGAGCCCAGUGAGGAAGUACCUUGAUCAAAGGCGCAGGAUGGCGCUUGCCGAGCAGAUCAACAGCGCGAUUCUUUUCCAUUCGGGUCACCCAUCACAACCACUGAUCGAGUCGGCGGCGCGACAGAAUACUUUUGUCUGGUCGCAACUUCAUGCUGACAAGGUUGCGAUACCCCUGCAGCUGAGCAGCAGCAGUAGCAGCGGCAGCGGCACAGGAGGAAGCGCCCUUUCCGGUGCUUCUCUGCUGCACGGAAACGGGCUCCGGACAUACGACUGCACUGAUGAGCGGACAGGUGAAAAAGGGGCCAAAAGCGUCAAGUCGCCCUCGGUACGACUGAGUGCACCUUGGGAUUUGCGGACUUUCCUUGCGGAGAGAUAAGAUCGGUGCCUCGUUGCUAUCCAUCUGUCAGGACUCUCGACCGCUCGCAACUGCAUCUUCACUUAGAGCCUCUCACAAUUACUUGAGCUUCGCGCCAUAGUUCCUGACCGCCUCACCUUGUUGACAUCUGUAUACAAUCGCACACACUAGUAAACGCACUUGUAUCGACACACUUCCGGCGAUCAGCGUGCUCUCCGUUCUACCGGAAGCGAUGCAAGGUGUGAUAGAUACUAAUGGCAGGCAGUGCAUCAU